CCCUUUAUUUUCUGAGGAUGGAGAUCUUCUAAUAAAUAUUAAACGCAACACAACAAAGCACUAAUCACUUAAACUAGCUGUGUUUCUGUUUGGUCUUCUUGUAAAAGUCUCUGACUCUCCCUUUUUAUUGCCGAGUCCAUUGCACCGUCUCAAAGACUGGUUUCAUUUCUCCUCCUCUUUCUCUACAAACAGUUGCUGAUUCAUGGCCAAAGGCAGCAGUGGACUCUCUCUUGAUUUAGAUCCUAUUGCUGGUAACAACUUCUUUCUUCAUCUCCCAACUGUGCUUAAUUCUUUUCCCGAAGAUCAACAUCACCAUCACCAUCACCAUCACCAUCAUCACAACAAGUGGAAAAUCACUUCUCUCAUGGAUGCAAAGAGGUCUCCUCCUUCAACUAUUCAGUUCCCUGUCUGUCUUAAUUCCUCUGAUUAUCAACAGUCUUCCCAACUGUCUGAUGAUAAAAGAACGGUCAUUGAUGAGAUGGACUUUUUUGCCGACAAAAAACAUGAAAUCACCAAUAUUAAUGAUAACCCUCGGGAUAAAGAUAACUCUAACGAACCCAACGGAUUACAACUUAAUGUACAUACUGGUUUGAAUCUUCUCACUACUAGUGAUCAGUCCAUGGUGGAUGAUGGGAUAUCUUCAAGUAGGGAAGAAAGAAGAAGAGCUAAAAGUGAGUAUGCCCUUGUUCAAGCUGAGGUUGAACGAUUGAAAGCGGAGAAUCAACGUUUAAGAGGCAUGCUGAACCAGGUUAAAAGCAAUUACAAUAUUCUGCAGAUGCAUUUGAUAACACUUGGCCAACAAGAAGAACAAAAAUCUGGCAAUAAUGAAGAACAAAAGGGAGAAAAGAAACAAACUGAAGGUUUUUUAGCACCAAGGCAGUUUAUGGAUCUUGGUUUGGCGUCCAAUACCGAAGAUAACGAUGAGCCUUCACAUUCUUCGUCGCAUACAGGGUCAGGAAAUAAUGAACAGAAUGGUGCUUCAUUUGAUCAAGAUAAUAAAAAACUUGUUAGAAGAGAUGACAGCCCAGAUCAAGGCUAUGGGGCUAAUAAGGUUCCUAAAUUUAAUCCUUCCUCAAAAGAUGUUGAUCAAACUGAGGCUACCAUUAGGAAGGCACGUGUAUCGGUUAGAGCAAGAUCGGAGGCUCCCAUGAUUAAUGAUGGGUGCCAAUGGAGAAAGUAUGGACAAAAGAUGGCUAAGGGAAAUCCUUGUCCGCGAGCAUACUAUCGAUGCACCAUGGCAACUGGUUGCCCAGUUAGAAAACAGGUACAAAGAUGUGCUGAAGAUCGGGAAAUUUUGAUCACAACAUAUGAAGGAAAUCACAACCAUCCCUUGCCACCAGCGGCAAUGGCUAUGGCAUCAACUACAUCAUCAGCAGCACGGCUGCUACUAUCGGGUUCAAUGUCAAGUGCUGAUGGAAUAAUGAACCCAAAUUUUCUAGCAAGAACUCUCCUCCCAUGUUCCUCUAGCAUGGCCACAAUAUCAGCUUCAGCCCCUUUCCCCACUGUGACAUUAGACCUUACAGAAACUCCCAACCCUUUACAACUCCAGAGGUCACCAAACCAAUUUAAUAUCCCAUUUCCAAACUCACCUCAUAAUAUUUCCAAUGCCCCAGUUGCUUCCUUGUUGCCCCAAAUAUUCGAGCAGGCACUUUAUAACCAAUCAAAAUUUUCUGGCCUACAAAUGUCUCAAGACAUAGACCCUUCUCAAUUGGGUCAUCAGUCACAGUUGCAACCACCAGCAUUGCACCAAGGCCAACCUAACUCAUUGCUUACUGAUACUGUAACCGCAGCCACCGCGGCCAUUGCAGCUGAUCCCAACUUCACUGCCGCUGUAGCUGCAGCUAUCACGUCAAUCAUUAAUGGCAGUGCCCAUCCAGACAAUGUCAUCAACGAUAAUACAAAAAUCCCCGCAACAACAACCACAAAUAGCAAUGGCAAAUUUACUCCCAGCAACAGCAUUGGCAAUGACAAGUUUUCAAGUGAAUUGAAGUAAAUUAAGUUGCUGUAAGCUCUUCAUAAUUUCUUUUUCUUUUUCCAAGUUUUAUGUACACAUGUUCAAAUCUUUGCUCUUAAAGUCGGAUUAAAUGUAGGUCCGUUAUCCUUGCUUCAAUGCGAAGUCAAAAAAAUUGAAGAAAUAAAUAAAAAAAAGUAAUGCGUGUUAGAUUAUAA